CCAUGGAGAACCUCGAGCUUCAUUUCCUCUGGCAAGCAUCCCCUCUACUAAUCCGUCUUAUUACCCUCAGCCCGUCCGGAAAUGUCGCACAGCCACUCUCAUGAUGGUGCGUCGCAUUCGCACUCUGCCGCCGACCACGGGCAUACCCAUGAGAUCCUCGACGGGCCGGGCAGCUAUGUGGGACGUGAAAUGCCAAUCAUCGAGGGACGAGAUUGGGAGGACCGGUCGUUUACCGUUGGAAUUGGAGGACCCGUAGGAUCCGGAAAGACUGCCCUUAUGCUGGCUCUCUGCAAGCAUCUCCGAACACGCUUCUCCAUAGCCGCAGUGACCAAUGACAUCUUCACCCGCGAGGACUGCGAGUUCCUGACCAAGAACAAUGCUCUACCCGCCGAGCGCAUUGUCGCCGUCGAAACCGGAGGCUGCCCCCACGCGGCUGUCCGUGAAGACAUUUCCGUGAACCUUAUGACUCUGACCAACCUCCACCACAAGUUCAAUACCGACCUGCUCCUCAUUGAAUCCGGCGGUGACAACCUUGCCGCAAACUACUCGCGCGAACUCGCCGACUUCAUCAUCUACGUCAUUGAUGUCUCAGGAGGCGAUAAAAUCCCCAGGAAGGGUGGACCUGGUAUCACACAGUCAGACCUGCUGGUCGUGAACAAAAUCGAUCUUGCUGAGGCUGUAGGCGCGGACCUCAAUGUCAUGGAGAGGGACAGCAGGAGGAUGCGCGAAGGGGGGCCGACCAUUUUCGCCGUUGUAAAGAGGGACCAGGGUGUCGACGCCAUUGUGGAUUUGAUUCUGUCUGCGUGGAAGGCUUCGGGCGCGACACAGGCACGCAAACAAAAGUUUGAGCCUACCUUGAUGAGUGAAGAGGGCAAAGAGAGGAGCUACAGCAUGAACUGAUGUAAAAGUCAUGAGAAAUAGCAAAGAAGUUUAAUCAUUCAUGAGGGUGGAUCAAGAUGACGUUGACUCACUUACAAAUCACCCCUGAAUCCAUAACCAGUAUCCGACCGUACCAGCCAUCUGUGCUGCAUAUUCAAUUCACUUUUCGACUACCAAGCGGUACCACCAAUCUGCCCGCAUUCUGGCAACCCAAGCACCUCCCCAUAGCCUAGCGCCUCACGCCGCCCAUGGCCUCUCGUAACGUCUCCAGACCCUUCUCCAACAUGGCCCUCCUCGCUUCC